GGGGCGGCUCGGGGAGAGGAACCUCAUGGCUAGAAGGCGCCGGGCGGAAUAAACUUCGCGAUGGCUGCCCAGUCGAGCCUGUACAAGGAGGACAGAAACCUGCUGCGCAUGAGAGAGAGGGAGAGGAGGAAUCAGGAGGCGCUGCAGGACAGAGAGAAGUUCCCUCGGAAGACCCCGCUCUUCGCAGAGCCCUACAAGACCCAGAAGGGAGAUGAGCUGUCGAGCCGCAUCCAGAGCAUGCUGGGCAAUUACGAGGAGGUCAAGGAGUUCAUCAGCAACCGAUCCCACCAGGAUUUCAUCGGCAUCCCCACGGUGCUCGCUCCUCCGCUGCCCCAGCAGGGCCGGCCCGCCGGCUCGGGCCGGGGGCGCGGGCGGGAGAGCCGCGCGUGCCUGCGCGCCAAGAGGAGCGCCGGGCGGGCCGGCGGGGAGGCUCCCGCCCGGCAGCUGCAGGCCUCCCUCCUGGCCCUGUCUCCGCUGCUCUCGGCUCUGGCCUCUCCGCUGGCUCCCCUCUCCCCUCUGCAUUCCGGCCAGCAGCCCGGCGGCAGGAGCCGCGGGCUGCCCUACGGCCGGGCCGAGGCCUCUCGGGACCUAGGGGCGGAGGAGAGGGAGAGCCGGGAGGGCGCAGCCCUGCCCCCGGCCGGCGCCCCGCAGGCUUUCCCCCAGCCCUUGCCCUGCAAGAGCGCUGCCAUGCAGCAGAAGCCCACUGCCUACGUCAGACCCAUGGACGGCCAGGAUCAGGCCCCGGUGGAGUCGCCGGAGCUCAAACCGCUCCUGGAGGAGUACCCGGGGGAGCCCUAUGGGAGGAUCUCGGAUCUGAAGGCCGCUGCCAAAGCCAGGCUGUCCAAACUGGAGAUCCCUUCGGAGCCCCUGGAGCAAACCUUCCCUGCUGAUGUCCACUCCAUUGAAGACAUUCUGAAGGAAAUGACCCACUCCUGGCCACCUCCCCUGACAGCCAUUCACACCCCCAGCACAGCAGAGCCUUCCAAGUUCCCAUUCCCAGCAAAGGAACCACAGCACUCUGCAGCUGCAGCCCACAGUCAGAAGCAGUAUGAGGCAGCCGCCAGGCCCUUGCCUGCUCCUCAGCCACCGACGUCGAUGCUCCAGGAGGACCUGCACCUCAGUGACAGUGAAGAGAGCAGUGAUGACCAAGUUGUUGAUCAGCCACCUCCUGAGCUCCCUCCUCCAGGCUACAGGGCCCUGCAGUGCCAGCCCAGCAGCGUGGCCUCAGCACAUUCCAGCAGCCUGGAGUCGGGGAGCAGCAGCGGCUCGGACAGCUCCUCCGACUCGGAGACCGAGAGCAGCGACAGCGAAGCCUCCGACCCCCCCCUGCCAGCGCCUCAGCCUGACCCCCCAGCCUGCAACAAGUGGCAGCUGGACAACUGGCUGAGCAAGGUGAACCCUGCAGCAGUGCCAACAGAGAGCCUCAGCCAAAGCAGCCCUGGGGAUGGAGCUGAGGAGGACAAGGAGCAGGAGCAGGGCAGCUCCCUGCAGCCCCCUGGGCCUCAGCUCCAGGGCUGCAGCCAAGCAGCUCCCCAGGAUGCUCCCCUGCCCAAGCUGCCCACCCAGCCCAGCUGCCAGCAGGCUCCUGGGCACCCUCAGGAGCCCUUGCCCAGGCACACUGUGGGCAUCAAGAGGCCCAGCAAGGCCCCAGUGCACGAGGAGCCCAAGGGAGGGCUGAAGGUGGAGAGCGAGCCUGGUCCUGGGGAGGGCAGGGAGCAGCCCUGCAGGGACAAGCCCAAGGUCAAGACGAAAGGGAAGGCAAAAGCCAGGGACAGGAGGGACCCAAAGCCAGCACUGCCACAGCCCCCUGAGAAGAGGAAGCACAGAAGCUGUCCCCAGGCCGGUGCCAAACCCUUCCUGGAGCCUCAGCCCAGCAGAGACCUUUUGCUUGGCAGUGCCCAGGAGCCCCUGGCGCUCAGUCCCCUUCCUGGAGGCCGAGGCACCACCCCCACCAGGACUGGCAGCCACAGGCCCCCCCCGGGGGCCAGAGAGGAUGGCCACAAGGAGCAGCUCCCCUUGCCUGGCCAGGAGGACAGGCUGGGCUCCCCAGGGAGGGACUCCCCCAGCCCCCUGUCCCUGCUUGUGAAAAUCCAUCUGCCCCUCCUGGCCAGAGUGCCUCAGCCCUCGGGGCAGGGCAGCCACCAGAGCAGAGCAGAGGCCAAGGAGCUCCCUGGGGCAAGGAAGCAGCACAUGGAGAGGAAAGCCACAGAGCCUUCUGACAAGCCAAAGAGGAAGAGGAAAAUGGAGGAGGAGGUGGAGAGGAAGAAAGCUAAAUCAGAGAGGAAAAGCAGAGCCCUGCUGCCUCAGAAAGCCUCCAGCAAGCUGAAGACUCCAAAAGCUCCCUGUGAGGCCCAGCAGCAAGACCUCCUGCCCCCCACAGCACUGCCAGCCAAGUCUCCUGCACAUCCUGCCCCCAGGGUGGCCCCAAAGAGACCCCUGGGGGAGGGCAGCGAGCUGCCAGGCACAGACAGCACUGCCAGGAGCAGCCACAGGGAUCCUUGGAGCUCCAAGCACAGGAAGGUGGAGAGAAAUCAGCCUGAGCUGUCCAGGGGCAUCCAAGGCCCUGCAGGGGCCGUGUGCCAGCCCUGCCCAGUGCCUUCUCUGCCAAACGGUGCCUGCAAGCCCAGGAGGCCUCAGCUGCAGCCUCAGCAGAAGCAUCCAGUGGAGCACUACAGGGAAGAGGCCAAGAGGCUGAAGCACAAAGCUGAUGCCAUGACAGACAAGGCUGGCAAGGCCAUUCAGUACCUGGAUGCUGCCCUGGCCUUCAUUGAGUAUGGCCUUGCCCUGGAGCUGGAUGCCCCAGCACCCAGAUCAGCUUCCAGCAUCUUCAGGGACACCAUAGACCUCAUCCAGUUCAUCAGCACAGGGAGAGCCUUCCCAGGCUCCUCAGCAGCCUGCCAUGAGGAGAUCUUCCUGGUGCUAUGCGCCCGGUGCCAGGCCCUGCUGCACAUGGCCCUGUUCCAGCCCCAGAGGGAGGCGGCGCUGAGCUACUGCCGGCUGCUGGGAGACCUGCUGAAGAGCUCUGCCCGGGCGGCACCGGCAGCUUCUCCCGGCGUGCCAAGGAGCACAGGGUUGCCUUCUCCCCUCUCUCCCCUGCCCUCUCCUGGGGCUGGGAGCUCUCAGGCAGGAGCCAGCAGCAGUGGCAGCAGCUCCUCGGUGCCGGUGCCCAGCUGCAUGCCCAGCAUCACCUCCUCCUACAUCGGCAUCACCACCUCCAUCCUGCAGGCCCAUGAGCUCUGGGAGCAGGCUGAGGCCCUGGCCAGCAGGAGCAAGGAGUUCUUUGCUGAGCUGAGCACAGCCACAGGGCCCCUGGCCCUCAGCAGCAGCCUCGGGGAGCUGCUGCACUACACCAGGCAGGGCCUGCACUGGCUGAGGAUGGAGACCCACAGCCCCUGA